CCCUCGCUCAUUUCAAAAGUCGCCCAUUGGUUGAUUUUCAAAAUACUCAUUACUCUACAGGCUGGCCCUUUUUCUUCACUGCAGAUCGGUGGUGCGUUUCUCUCUCUGAUUCUUCCAGGUUCUCGACUCGACUGACGAAGGAUCUCUCUCACCUCGAACAUUUUGGCAUACAGUGAGUCACUUUUUCUUCUCCCAUCUCCUAUUCAGAUGUCUAAUGUAGAAAACCUUUCACCUCAAAUAAUCAGACAAGUAACGAAAGAGCUUCACGACCUUAUAUCUGAUCCUCCUGAGGGUAUUAAAGUCUGUGUAAACGAUGAGGAUAUAUCGGAUAUUCAAGCUUACAUCGAAGGCCCGGCUGGUACACCUUAUGCAGGAGGCGUCUUUAAGGUGAAAUUGUGCUUGGGGAAAGAUUUCCCCCAAGUUCCCCCUAAAGCGUUUUUCAUAACAAAAAUAUUCCAUCCUAACGUAGCGAAAAAUGGUGAGAUUUGCGUCAACACGUUGAAAAAAGACUGGAAAUCUGAUCUCGGGAUUAAACACAUACUGUUGACGAUUAAAUGCCUUCUGAUAGUCCCUAAUGCUGAAUCAGCCUUGAAUGAAGAAGCAGGCAGGCUUCUAUUGGAACACUAUGAUGAUUAUUCUCAAAGGGCAAAAAUGAUGACAGAAAUCCAUGCAUUGUCUCAAAAAACGACAAAAAGUAUGGGGCUUGAAUCGUGCUCAGAUGGACCGAUUGCGAAAAAACAUGCGGGAGAUAAAAAGAUAGCUGCAGAAAAGAAGAAAAUACUAAAGGACAAGAAGAGAAAUCUUAAGAGAUUAUGAGAAGUACAAAAUUUAAUACGACGACGUGGAGAAGAAACAAGAACUGAAUUUAGGUGUUUUUUCAUAUUGUAAUUGUAAAUAAGUGCAAUCAGUGUUUAAUUUUUAUAACAAAAGCACAAAUAUUGUUUUUUUUUUUUUUUUUUAGAACGGUCAAAAUUUAAAUAAAAGAAAAAAAAAAGAUUAAAUGGUAAACCAAAAGUUAUUUAUAUUUUUUAUUUAUUCUGUAGAAAAUGAAUUGUAAAUAGAUUUUUGUCAGGAGUGAAGUUCUUAUUGUAUUGUCACUGACUAAUGCUAAUUUAUAAAUUAUUUAUAGUUUUUAUAUUAUUUUCAAGUGCUUAGUGUUUUCCCUUCGUCAUUAACGCUUCACGAAACAAAGGAAUUCUAAUGGAUAAAGUCAUUUAGUUGUAAGUUCAUAAACACUGAAGAGCAUUAGUUUUCUAAAAGGCCACGGGCAAUUUUCUAUAAACAAUCGUCAGAAGAGUCCCACAGUUUCUCAUGUUUGUAAUUCCAUUUGGAACAAUUAAAUUUUCUGAUGCAGUCAAUUUGUGUAGUAGAAUUAAAAAGGAUCUACAUUGUGUUAUUAACGUAAAUAAAAAUUUUUAUAUACUGUAUGUUAA